AUGAUUGCAAGGCCAUGGUGUAGGGUGUCACCUAGAUUCAGCAUCAGCCAGUUUGUUGUGAGACGCAAGAUAGCAACUCAAACGCCCAAGCAUGUCAGGGCGAAUCGCUGGAAACGGUAUGGCUAUCCCGUGGCGGCGAUUGCCGCUGGUGGCGGCACGGUGUACUAUGUCGACCGUGAGUUCAACUCGAGUUUAAUCACAAGAUCUGUUCGAGCGUUGUAUGUCUUGUUGUGGAUCGCGUAUGCGUAUGGGUUUGACUCCAAAAGCUAUCGAAACUUGGAAGAUCUCCAUGAAUUGGCGAGUGCGAAAUUGCUUGAGCUUUUGAUGCACAACAAGGGGCUUUAUAUUAAGUUGGGACAGGCGAUUGCCAACCAGGGCAAUUUGUUCCCGAGGGCCUACCAAGCGCGGUUCCCGAAGUUGUACGAUGAAGCACCUUGCGACACGUGGACUCAAGUCGACCUGGUUUUGAAGCUGAAUCUUGGCGAUGGCUACGAAGAAGAGUAUUUUGACUGGAUUGACCAUGUGCCCGUUGCUAGCGCGUCUAUAGCUCAAGUGCACAAGGCCAAGUUCAAUGCAAGGAUGGGUUCACAGGAAGUGGCGUUGAAAGUGCAGCAUCAUUAUAUCGAGCGGCAGAUUGUUGUCGAUUUGUGGGUGUACCGGUUCAUUUCGAAAGUUUACGAAAAAGUGUUUGACAUACCCUUGAGUAUAUUUACAAGCUACGUGUCUGAGCAAAUGACCAAGGAGACGGAUUUUGUCAAUGAGAUGGAGAAUGCGUUGCGCUUGCAGCGCCUUAUUGACGGAGACCCGCAGUUGAAACACGAGAAUGUCAAAAUUCCCAAAAACUACCCCGAAUUGACCACGAGACAAGUGUUGCCUGCCGAGUGGGUCACGGGGAUUGCGCUCACGGAUAAGGAAGUCUUGGUUUCCAAAGGCAUCGAUCUUAAAAAGACCAUGACUCAGUACAUCAAGUUGUUUGGUCGACAGAUUUUCAAAUACGGAUUUGUUCACUCUGACCCGCACCCAGGGAACUUGCUUGCUCGCUUUGACGAAAAGGGAAAACAGCAGUUGGUGUUGCUUGAUCAUGGGUUGUACAUCACCUUAACCGACGAGUUUCGUCUUCAAUACUGCAAGUUGUGGAAGGACUUGUUUGUGAUGAAUGUGCAAGGUGUUCAGGAGAUUGGCAAAGAAUGGGGGAUCCAUUCAACAGAGAUUUUUGCAACCUUGGUUCAGCUUCGACCUGUUAAAUUGAGCAACAAAAACGAAAAAGAAGAAGAAGAAGCACAAGAUACUAGAGAUGUUUCGGCGUUGAUGAAAUCGUUUAUUGGCGACGAGCUGAAGUUCCCCAAGGAGCUCCCAUUUCUAUCUAGAACAAUGAGAAUGAUUCAGAAUAUGAAUCAGCAGUUUGGAUCGCCCGUCAAUCGAAUCAACUUGUUGACUCAAGAAGCUGUACUUGCAUUGUCAAGCGAUGGCAACUUGACCUGGACUGACUACUGGGAUCUAGUCAAGGUCCACACGAGUUUGCUUCUCUCUGGCAUUAUUUUUGGAAUCAUCAGAUUCAGACAGUGGCUUCUGGGGGAUAGCUACGGGGAUAAGAAGAAAGGAUUGGAGGAUUAUCUAGAGUUGUACAUGCAAAACACUGCCAAAUCAUUGGGGAUGGACUGGAUGUAA